CCCACCUGUACCAGGAACUGCAGCUGUCACAAGUUCUUACGAUCCAACACAAUGGACGAGGAGAGAGAUUUAUGGGUUAGUGAUGAUGAGUUUGAAGACCUUGAGAUCGAGCAAGACGACACUUCACCUGAUUGUAAAUCUUUUACCUUGUCACUGCAAAGUCAAGGCGGUCAAGAGGGUGGAUAUCAUGUUCGCAAUAAAGAGGGAAUACUCCAGAGAAAGACAGUGUCUGCUAUGAGCGGAGGCCUCCGCAAGAGGAAACCAGCUUUCACAGUGGGAUGCGAAGCUAGGGCGAUCAUCCACGGCCGCAUGAGCCUCGACUCUGAUAAGCUGGCCACGCUCCUGGUAUAUGAUCUCAAGUUUCUUUCACGUCGUGGCACACGCAUUAAGGCCGCCGAUGUGCUGUUUGAGUUCUGCUCAAGUUCAAAACAGUCAGGUGUCAUGGGCCCAAACGUGUCUGAGGUGCGUCCCAAAGGCGAGAGCAGGAUGGGCGAAACGAUACAGAAUGAGGCUUCCAAGUUUGGACUCUCUUUCAACGCCGGUCCAUCGAUACCCGGUGCCGACGUAGGUCUCAACGCUUCUGCGGAGCAAAGCAUCACUAAGGACCUCAAAUUCCACACCAUAGUCACAGGUGACAAUCCCGCAGACCUGGAAUGGGGAGACCAUUUCCAGGCUAGGUUCACACUCGCGGAGAAUUCUUCACAGCAGUCUGGGAUCCCGACGCAGCUUACUGUUGUCAUCCUGCUUGAGCGCGACAGUGACGACAACUUUCAGAUGAUUCCCCGGAUCGAAGUCACGCCCAACUUCACGUCACGCAUGACUUCUCUCGGGUCAACGCGAUCUUCAGACGAUCCAAUCUACUUCGACGUGCACGAGUCUCCAUUUGACAGGCUUGGUGGCGCGACAGACAUCGACCCGAAUAAUCUCGGUGCUGUGGACCUGGAUAGCCUCUGGAUCUGCACCAUGUACACACUGCACAUGGAUGGGGUAAAGAAUAAUGGUCCGUAAUCAUAUUGUGUAUUGUUACUCAAAGGCUUCGCUUCUCGGGUGUGAAUGGGAUACCAAGCAGUCAGCUAUCAUCGUAUUUGGGUAGCUGUUUCAGGGUGUUCCUUCCAAUAUGACCUGCCGUGGCCUUGUAAUCUGCACCUCUAACCCGGUCAACUGAGAUGGUGGGUCCUAGGCGGGAAUGUUCGCCGGUCAGCUUAGAAUAGAAUGGCUUAGCCUGGCAAGCC